UCUCCCUGAAGGCACGAUGUGUGAAGUGAGCCGUUGGCGUCCUCAGAUCAUUCUGUUGUAAAUCAGCGUGGUCUUUAUAUUCGUUUUACCUCGAUGUUGUGAAGUUAUAGCGUGUCUAGCGGAAGCGUGGGCGGCGAGAAGACGACCGGCAAGAAGCGAUGGCGAGAGGACCCUUGACCGCCGGGCAGAUGUUCCGGCGACUCGCUCUGGCGCUCGUGGCGGCGGCGGCGACGGCUGGAGGAGCGGUCGGUGCCCAGCUGGCUCCUGCGUCCGACUGGCGCCGGCUGCCUGAGGCAGGCGCCGCUGUCGCCGCAGUGAUGUCAGAGGCUCCUCAAGAAUAUAACUCCGUCUUUCUUGUCACCGAUGGCACUUUCGUCAACAACAUCCUGGAGAGUCUCGGGCAUGUGACAGGCCUGUCAGGUGUUGCUGUCAUGGAAGUGUUGCCAGAUCAGAGGUUUAACGUCACCAUGAGACGCACGGUUACACUGACUCGCCAGAUGAGGAGGUCUUCCAGGGGCGUGACCGUGGUCGUGGCGAGCGAAGACCCCGACUUCCUCAGUGCCUUCGCCGAAAUGGCCGACGACGGCCGUCUGACUGUGUGGGAGAACAGGGUCCUCGUGGUGACGAGACUCGAGAGGCAGAAGUUCUUGGAUCUCAUGAAGGACCUCUGGGUCCUGUCCAUGCUGAACACCAUGCUGCUUAACGUAGACGCCGACACGGAUGAUUUGAGGUAUGGUGUGUACAGCCAUUUCCCUUACGGUCCAGGUGGCGCUCAGACGGUGCGCGUAGCCACCUGGACGCCUCGGGAAGGAUUAGUACUCCUCACGCACCAUCCUCUGUUUCCAGAAAAGUACACCGACUUCCAUGGCGCGCCCAUCCCCUUAGCCCUAUGGCCCUUCGCGCCCUACUGGGAGGAGAAGAAAACUGUGGCACCAAAUGGCACUGAAUCGACGAAGAUCUCUGGCAGAGCUUUCCUCAUCCUGGACACCAUCGCCAACAACCUCAAUUUUACCAUCGGCGAAAGACUACCUUCUUCUUCUCCUACCGACCUGAUGAGCCAAUUAUUCAACCGCCAAGCCUUGGUCAGCCCCAUGAAACUGGCUCUCCUGCCCCACCUGGCCAUGCGUUACGACUACACCUUCAUGAUCGAGGAAGCCACGCUCACGUUCUGCAUGCCCAAGCCCGAGCUGAAGCCUCGAUGGCAGAACCUCUACUACCCCCUUGGCGACAGUGUAUGGGCCUCCAUCAUGGCUCUGCUUGUUAUAGUGCCAGCGACGUUUUUCUUGAUAACCAAAUCCUGGAUGGAGAGCGGAGCGAGGAGGAGAUUCAGCCCCGUCGUGGCGGCGCAACAGGUGCUGGGGACGCUGCUCGCCCAGAACUUCUCUCUCCGCCUCCCCUCCGCUUCCUCGACCCGCAUCCUGGUGGCUGCCUGGCUCGUGGUCGCCUUCAUCCUGGGCUCGGCCUACCGCGGCAACCUCACCGCCUUCCUCACCAUCCCCAAGCAUCCCCCCCCGGGUCGAAGGCCUCAGGGACCUCCUCCAAACUCCCGCUAAAGUUAUCAUGCCUCCGGACCUUCGCCUAAACUUCUACACAACAUUCAAGGAAUCGAAUUCCAGCAUGUACAAGGAAUUUAUUGAGAGAACGUACUUUGUCAACACCCACCUGGAGGGCAUGCAGCAG